UUUGCUUUUUCUUUCAUGGUACCAGAGGGGAGUAGUUGCUUGCACAACUUCAUAGUGUUUAGUAGCCCCUCCCCAAUGAUAUGUGUAUUUAUGAACCCCAAUAUUUCUCAUAAAAAUAUAAUGAAAAAAUCCCAUUCUACAUCAUUCUUGUUAUCCUGGAUAUCAGAUUUCUUUCUUGUUACGGAUCAGUUUCCAUCUUCCUUUCUCAUGAAAGACAGACCACAUUCUGAAAUCAACUAUUUAAGGCAAUACUUGUUAUGUUCUUUGUCUCGUUAUAUGUUUGGUUCACCCCAAAGAGCUGAACCAAUAGCUGAGGUUGUGGCUGAAAUAGAGAGAGAACUGGCGGCCAGAAACCCCUAGUAUUCCCUGCCUAAAACACACAGGAUGAGGGAUGAGCAAUUCCACACAAUAUAUACAUUUAAGGAGGGUGGGAAUAAAGCAAAUAUUUUGAACUGCCACUUGGAAGGGACAGUGAUCACUCAUUGCUUUAUCCGAGGAUGAUAAUUUUCGAUGGGCUGUUCUUUUGACACGUGUUGAUGCAUGGCAUGUGAUGGGAUUCUCAUAGUAUAUUCCCAUGCGAGCUGAAUCUAUAUAGGAGUGGUGCUCGUGUGGAUUUGCUUUUGUAUUUUCGUCCUGCAAUUUUCCCAUAUCUCAGUUUAUCUUUCCUCUAGCCUAAGCAUGUCAGCUUUUGUUGGAAAGUAUGCAGAGGAGCUGAUCAAGAACGCCAAGUACAUUGCCACACCAGGCAAAGGUAUUCUGGCAGCAGACGAGAGUACCGGCACCAUCGGGAAGCGUCUAGCUAGCAUUAACGUUGAGAACAUUGAGUCCAACCGCCAAGCCCUCCGUGAGCUCCUUUUCACCUCUCCGAAUGCACUGUCCUUUCUCUCUGGUGUCAUCCUUUUCGAGGAAACACUUUAUCAGAAAACGUCUGAUGGAAAACCCUUUGUCGAAGUGCUUCAAGAAAACAAUGUAAUUCCGGGUAUCAAGGUGGAUAAGGGUACUGUUGAGAUAGCCGGAACCAACGGUGAGACCACGACUCAAGGGUUCGACUCCCUGGAGUCACGAUGCCAGCAGUACUACAAAGCUGGUGCACGUUUCGCCAAGUGGCGUGCCGUGCUCAAGAUUGGUCCCAAUGAACCAUCUGAAUUGUCAAUCCAGCAGAAUGCACAGGGCUUGGCUCGUUAUGCAAUUAUUUGUCAGGAAAAUGGGCUCGUUCCCAUUGUUGAACCUGAGGUGCUAACCGAUGGGCCUCAUGAUAUUAAACAAUGUGCUGCUGUCACUGAAACUGUGCUUGCAGCAGUUUACAAGGCGCUGAAUGAUCACCAUGUUCUGCUUGAGGGCACCCUUUUGAAGCCUAACAUGGUCACUCCAGGUUCUGACAGCCCCAAGGUGUCACCUCAGGUGAUUGCAGAAUAUACAGUUGCUGCACUUCGUCGAACUGUUCCCCCAGCAGUGCCAGGGAUUGUGUUCUUGUCAGGUGGUCAAAGUGAGGAAGAGGCAACACUGAAUCUUGAUGCCAUGAACAAGCUAGAUGUUUUGAAGCCAUGGACACUGUCCUUCUCAUUCGGGCGAGCUCUGCAACAAAGCACACUCAAGACAUGGGGAGGGAAGAAGGAGAAUGUUGCCAAGGCACAACAAGCAUUUUUGUUGAGAUGCAAAGCUAAUUCUGACGCCACACUUGGGAAGUACACUGGAGGAAGUGCUCGGGGAUUGGCUUCUGAGAGUUUAUUCGUUAAGGGCUACAUGUACUGAUUAAGCGUCUAUGUAUAUUGAGCAGGGUCGAGGUUAUAGAUUAUAAUUACAAAGACUUGUACUGUUCUUCUUCCUA